CAUCAAACAUGUCCCCGCUCAGCCCAGACCGUCCCCUUCACCGGCCGCCUCAGGGCCAAGGGAGACAGUUGGGCCGGAGAGGGAGGCCCGGGGGUGCUCGGGCGUCUUUGGAGAACAGAGAGCGGCCGCACUGGAUCCAGCAGGGAACGGGCUGGCCCUGCUCACCUGCGCAGGAGUGCCCUCGGCAGACGGCCAGACCAGGAGCGAAAACAACUUCCGUCCUGGGAUCGGAUCUACAACACCGACAUCAGCAGUCACUGCAGGCGCACACUGCUGAUGACCGACAACUCCGCGGUCAUUCCCCACUGCCAAUCACCCCACAGUGCGCAGGUGGACUCAGAAAGCGGGAGCCCACAUGGGGCACGCUCAACCUCUUAGAACGUUCAGCCGGAUGUCCUGUGGGUUCUCGACAGGACCAUCGUCUUCCUGCCCCCCAAAUCUCCUUCUCUCGGACUUCUCCUUCCCAGCCACCCAAGUCACCUCAUUGUCACACUCAGCUCCUGCACACACAAGGCAGCCAGCGGGUGCGGAAUCAGACGUGGAGUCAGAAAGACAUGAGGCGGGGAGACCCCCAGCAGCCUACUGAAACAGGCCAGGCACAAGGCGAGGAGGGCUGAGGGGUGGCCAGGGGAGCAGUAGAUGGGGCAGGGGAGAACGGACAGGCCAGGAGGAGAGAGCUGUAUUAUCAUUGUGUUUUCAUCAAUUCUCUUUGUUGCCAGGGAGGGCCCUGGAUCAAGGACAGGCCGCUUCUGCGACUCAGUUCCUCCUGCUUCACCCAAACCGACGCCCCCAGGGAGUUGAGGCCAGGCGAAAGAAGCCUGCAUCCCUAAGAGCAGAAAAGGAAUGCUGUGUGCUGCGGUCUGGAUAAAGCCGGUUCAGUCACAGAAAGACUGCAACAAACAGGUGUUCUGUUAGCAUUCGACCAAACGGUCAAUAGUUCAAUAAAGAAUCACUGAGAAAAAGGCUAUUUAACAGCGAUGACGACGGCCGCAAAGACACGUUUAAAGGGUUUUCACCCACCCGCUCUGUGACCGGUGAUGUCAACGUGAACUUCACGUAACGCUGAGGCAGACGGGUGAGGCUGAAGGGACCUGGCUCUCAGCACAGAUGGUGUCAGACACCAGCGAAGGUGGGCAGAGGCAGCACUGAUGUGGGGAAAGGGCACUGCAGGGCCCCGGGGUCAAGUCCCUCCACCCACGCCGACUCAGCAGCCCCUGAGGUCUUCCCAGCUCUCCACCUGCAUCUCGUGAUCCACAAUCCUCUGAACUCCAAUGGGAAGAUUUCAGAGAGGUACACCAACAGCAGGGGGCAGACAGGGUACCGCGUAUCACCCCGGUGACCUUGGACCAGUCACCGAUUCUGGCAUCACAGACUCGGGGCUAGAAGGGACUCCAGAGGCUAUCCA